AUGAGCGCUUUCUUUCCCAUCAUCGCGAGCUUACACCCCGCCGCACCAUCAGCUGCUGCCCCUACUGUCCGCUCAGCCUCGGUACUGGCCACCUCUGCCUCGAAGUGGGAUGCUCGUCUUUCGCACGACCCUAUCCACGACAACGCCUACUACGGCAAAUGCAUGAUCGGCGGUGUCCUUUCGUGUGGCCUCACGCACACGGGCAUCACCCCGCUUGAUGUAGUCAAGUGCAACAUGCAAGUCAACCCGACCAAGUUCAGCGGUCUGCUUCCGGGCCUCAAGACCAUCGCCUCGGAAGAGGGCGCAGGCGCUUUGUUCAAGGGCUGGGUCCCCACUGCCAUCGGCUACUCGGCCCAGGGUUUGUGCAAGUUUGGCUUUUAUGAGUUCUUCAAGGACACGUACAGCACAAUGGCUGGAGAGGAAAACGCCUACAAGUAUCGUGGAGCCAUUUACCUGGCUGGUUCCGCCUCGGCAGAGUUCUUUGCCGAUAUGGCCCUCUGCCCUAUGGAGAUGGUCAAGGUGAAGGUGCAGACCUCGCCGGCCGGCACAUUCCCUGUUGAGUUUGGCGCCGCUGUGGCCGCGAUGAAGGCCAACUCAGCCGAGACCCGCUUCCCCUUCGGCUCGCUUGUGCCCCUGUGGUCCCGUCAGAUCCCGUACACGAUGGCCAAAUUCUUUUUUUUCGAAAAGGUGGUCGAGGCCUUUUACACGUACGUGUUUACGGAGCCCAAGAGCACGUACCCCAAGAGCACGCAACUCGGUGUGACUUUUGCCUCGGGCUAUCUGGCUGGUGUCAUUUGUGCCAUUGUGUCGCACCCGGCCGACUCGGUUGUGUCCCUCAUGGGUAAGGCCGAGAACAAAGGAAAAGGGUUUGGUCAGAUCGCCAGCGAAACUGGCCUCGUCAACCUGGCUACAAAGGGCCUGGGCACGCGUAUCAUUAUGAUCGGUACGCUGACCGGUGCUCAGUGGUGGAUCUACGACACGUUCAAGACGGUGAUGGGCAUGGGCACGAGUGGAGGUGCCGCUCCCAAGAAGAACUAA